CGCGAUUGCAGUCGCACGAUCAUGUCGAGCAGCGGCGGCCGCGACGGUGAAGGUGAGCCCGUGGCGGCACCUUAUGCGGCGCUGGGGACUCCUUCCACAUCCGCAACAGCGGAAGAUGUCGUGCAGGCGGUACCUGCUCCAGUUCCCGUCCCGACAACGGCGCCUGGCGGCGUGGUGCGAAUCUCGGUGGACCCGAUCCCAGAAGAAGCGUGGGUACCGGCCGGGGCAUUGCCUCGGUUCACGUACCAAGAUGCGCAGCACAUGGAAUGGGACUUUUCCAACUUGACCAAAAAAGACGUGCAGCGACCGAGCCGCGCCAUGUCGGCACGCAACGAGUCCAAGAACAACGUGUCGCAUUCAAUUCGCAUGAGCUCCGAGUUUGGCGACGGCGAGACCAAGGAAGAUCUCAGUGUGCUCUUGGACCCCUUCUACGAUGUCACGACAGGGCGGUUGCGCCGACUCUUUCAGCAUUUCAGUCCCAAAGGCAGCGAGACCGUCACGUACGACGAGUUUCAGCACGGGUUGCUGGCAUUGGGCAUCAGUGUUCCCGCCGGCUCGAGCUUCCGCGAUUUCGUUCGCAAAGUCGACACGAAUGGCGACGGCUCCAUCAGCGUCGGCGAAUUCAUCCAUGUGGUCCAAAUGAUUAAGCAAGCCCAUUUGUUCAAGCCAGAGCACGCACAAGCACCCGAUGAGCACGUCCUUCGCGUCGUCGACUACUCGCCGACGAAUCUCCACGCCGUCAACCCUGUCACGAAGCUCCAGUCGUUCAUGUUCUCGACAAAGCCACAAUGGGCCAAAGUCCGGUGGGUGCAUCUCGCGGGAUUCAAGCGCGCCGAUGACCUCAACUUGCGCCGCCUCGCCAUCAAGUACCAGCUCCAUCCGCUCGCACUCGAGGACUGCUUGAACCAGAACGACAAGAUCCGGUGUAAAUUCGAGCACUACGAUGACCACUCGUUCUUGGUUCUGCCCGUGCUUCGACCGCUCCAUGCCGACAAAGCACGGCACAUUCAAGAGUGCAUUGCCGAGCACCGCCGCGACGUUUUCAACAAGCGCCAGGCCCUGCUCAAGGACGACGGUACCCCAACCAAGCAGCAAUCGCCGACAAAGGACGUGCUUGCUGCCAAGCUGAACGAGCUCAAGGUCAUGAUGCGCGAGCCCGAGCAGCUCUGCGUGUUUUUGACCAAAGACGGAAACAUCCUGAGUGUCCAAGAGGAAAUCGACACGCCGUCGUCCAGCGCGACGGACGCGCCGUCGUCCGCAUUUCCGCUGUGGGAUCUCGUAUUUGACCACAACAUGGCCAAGUCGUACAGCAAAUUGCGCAGCCACGACGGCAACUUUCUCGUUGUGUCGCUGCUGAAUGCAGUCGUCGAGGAAAUGAUGCCGCUCGUCGAAGUGUUCGAGGCCAAAUUUGACUUUCAAGGCCAGCUCUUGCGCGUCGAAGGCACCAAGUUCGAUACCAAGCGCUUUAGCCGCGCCAAGAAGCAAUUGAUUGCGAUUGAAAAAACAGUGCGGCCGCUGCUUGACUUGGUACAGGACCAGUUGCUCGACCAGGACGAGUUCAACAGGGGCGAAGUGAAAAAUUACCUCCGAGACGUCAAAGAUCACUUGAAACAAAUGGCGGCCGAACUGCGCGAACACCAGCAGACGUUGGCGGCGCUCGUCGAAGAACAGAAACGGAUCAGUGCCAAGGCCCAAGCCGACGUCAUGUACGCCAUGUCUGUUAUCGCCGCGUGCUUCUUGCCGGGAACGUUCAUGACGGGUAUCUACGGCAUGAACUUUGACAACAUGCCGGAACUCCAUUGGGAGUACGGGUAUGUUGCAUGGUGGGUCGUCCUCAUCACGAUCAUCACGGGGCUUCUCGCAUUUCUCAAGUUCGUCAAGGGGUGGAUCUAGUCGCGACGUGGUAGAUGUUGCUCCGCACAUCCCAUCGAUAACCCUUCAGCAUGACCACGCAUGAGCUUGUUCGUUCGA